AUGUCCUGUAUCCUGUGUCCUGUGUCCCGUGUGUCCCUUGUCCUGUCCUGUCCUGUCCUGUCCUGUCUUCCCUGUCCUGUCUUCCCUGUAUCGAACCCCCCCGUACCCUGUAUCCCGCCUGCGCGGCAACCGACCUGGACGCGUGUCGCCGCCGCCGAUCAUCGCCCGUCGUGGCCAGUUGGGGCCCAGCGGUAUAACCUGCCAUCGCCAUCGCCAUCGCCAUCGUCAUCCGUUCAGGGGGUUGGGGUAGGGGUUGGGGUUGGGGUCCACCACAGCAGUGUGGGCCCACUUGUUGCUGGUACCGAUUGUAUUACGUAG